AUGUGCUGUACAACUCGUCACACUAAUCACAGCAGAACAGAUAUCAUGGAAACGCAUUUGCACAUUAGUUAGAACUUCAUCACGCUAACUAGCUAGCAAGAGGGAGUACUCAGCGGUGAAUGUUUGAACAAGCGAUGUUAGCUUCCCUGCCUUUCAUUUCAUAUGGAUUGAUUUGAGAUUGGUUCAGCCAGCAAGCGGACAGCAAGCAAAGACAAUUUCAUUCACAUUUCAGACCCCUAAAAAUGUUUAAUAAUUUUAAUGCACAUUUUCAAUUUCAUAAAUACUUAUUCUAGAACCACAAAACACCUUAGCAAGAUGUAGAACUGGAUAAAAAAAUGUCAAUAUUAGCUACAGGUUUAUUGUUUUUGGUAAGAUUAACUGUGACUCUUUUGAGGAUGAUGUCACCUUGGUAACAUUUUCGAAAGUUAGGACAGCACAUUGCAGCUGAACUUAUUUGUAGCUAUCCCAUGGGCGUUCACGAGUUAUCAGAUAGAACAGUGUAGACGGCCGACACUCUGACACGAGACAAUGGUGACCAGGCGUACAGCACCCUUUUUUUUUUGACCCACAACAUUUCUUGUGACCUAUCACACAUUUCUGUUAGAGAAUGUUCUUGUGACCUAUCACACAUUUCUGGUAGAGAAUGUUCUUGUGACCUAUCACACAUUUCUGUUAGAGAAUGUUCUUGUGACCUAUCACACAUUUCUGUUAGAGAAUGUUCUUGUGACCUAUCACACAUUUCUGUUAGAGAAUGUUCUUGUGACCUACAAUCAUUUCUCCUGGCCCACUGGCUGGCCCACACUUCAUAAGUCCUAAUGUUUUCGUCUCUAGUCUUAGAUGGUAACGAUACUGUAUGCUGGUCCAGACCACGAGUCUAUCCAAACAUAAUCCCCUUGACCUAGUAGCUAUGAAUAGAUUCUUGUUUACGCCUGAACCCCUCGCCCGUAAAUGUGUGUGCCCAAAGUCAAAUAGAAAGAGUGUUCAGAGUCUGAAUCACUUAGAGAGAGGGAUGUGUGUUUGUGAUUUUGUCUGUAUAAUCAGUGAACUGAAUGGAAGUCUGAAAACCUCACCUGUAACAGGCUGCGUUUCAGUGACAUCUCUAAUGUCUUACAUAUUCAGAGAAUUUGACUUGCACUUACUAACAAUAUAUACAACACUCACCAAUAUUGUGUUUGCAUAUGGGCCUAACAAUGAUUAACAAUGAACAGUAUGUCCCAUGAAGUACUGGUUGUUUAAGGAAGUUCUACAUAACAAUAAGUCAUGUCUACACAGUACCUCCUUGGCCAGGGCAUUAACCUCAAAGUGCUUCAUUGAUAGUAUAUUUUAUACUGCAUUUACAGGUAGGAGCCAUUGACCAAGCCUGAUAAAUCUGGGAUGCAUUCUCAUUGUAACCCAGCUAAGGCCUUACAAAAGUAUAUUGUGACCAACAACACUUUCAUGUCACUUAGGCCUUCUACACCUUUUGUGACCAACUUUCAUGUGAUCCACUACACUUUUACGUGACCUAACACACAAUUUGGUCACUUUCUUGUCUCUUUUGGUGACUUUCUCUUGACCCACCAUACUUUCCAACAGCCUGACUACACUUCAUAUGAUCCUGUAAGCAGACCCAGUGUUUAUUAAAACAGAAUCCCCUUUUGACCUAGUAGCUAUGAAUAGAAUUCUUGUUUACGUCUGAAGCCCUCGCCUGUGAACGUGUGUGAGAUCAAAAUCAGAGAGAGUAUAGGAGUCUGAGACAGAGAGAGAGAGAAAGAGAGAGAGAGAAAAGGAGACAGAGAGAGAAACAGAGACAGAGAGAGAAAUAGACAGAGAGAGAAAGAGAAAGAGAGAGAGAGAAAAAAAGAGAGAGAGAGAGAGAAAGAGAGUGAGUGAGAGACAGAGAAUGAUAGAGAGGAGAGAGAGCGAUAGAGAGAGCAAAAUAGAGAGACAGAGUGAGAGAGAACGAGAGAGAGAAAAAGAGAGGCAGAAAAGGUGAGAGAGAGAAAGAGAUACAAAGAGAAAGAGACGGAGAGAGGAAAAAUGAGAGAGAGGUGCACAUAAAGUGUCUGAGUGGAUAAAGAAAGAGAUAGUGUGGUUGAGAGAGAAGGGGAGAACGUUUAGAUCUCGGCUAUGUGUAUAGCAGUAGAUAGUUAGCAUAACAUAUACAUAGCCUACAUAAUCUGUGAGACAGAGGUUGUCUAAAGAGCAGUUGGAUCAAUCUCUAACUGAGUCCUAAAGUUCGAGCCAUAAACAGCCAUGGAGUUUACCAGACGUUACCUGCCCAUGGAAUGGGAGGAACGGUGGAGGAAAGAGAAGGAAAGGAGGAGAAGGGUGAUUGAGGAAGGAGGAGAAGAGGUGGAAGCGGACGAUCGAAAGCUGAGGUGGAUUGUGGCCUACAACAACAACCGGAUGGGCGUGACGAGGAGAAAGGAGAAAGAGCGAGCAAGGGUCAAGAAGAGGAACGACAGCACGGCAAGCCAGGUAGAAGAGGAAGAAGAAGAGGAAGUGUCAGAGGAGAGGAGGGAAGGACUGGGAGAUGAAGAGAAGGUUCGUACAUUCUACAGACAUACCUAUCCUAAAGAGGUAUUCCAGGGUCUGGAGCAGCUCAGGGACUCCUCUCUCCUCACUGACCUGACUCUGAGCACUGAGGCUGGGCAGCAUCUUUAUGCACACUCCCCUGUCCUGGCUGCUGUGAGCACCCUUGUCCACCAGAGAUUGCAAGAGAGGGAUGAAGAGAUGGAGAAGAGGAGGGGGAGGAGAGAUGUUGACAUGGACAUAAAGACAGAGAUAUUCAUCAGUCUGGGUCCUGAAGUGGGGCUUGUGGGGCUGGCAGGGGUAGUGGAGUUUGCCUACACUGGGGGCUUAGCAGCUCUGAACAGACACACACUGGCCCAGAUACAGACUGCAGCUACAACACUAGGGGCCCCCAGAGUACUAGAACUCUGCAGUGAAGAGGAGGAGAAAAUGAAGAAGGGAGUAGAGAAGAGGGCAGAAGAGAAGAAUAUCUCUACUGAAGAACAGAUGAAGGUCAGUCUUCAGUCCAUCAGAGAGCUGUGGGCAGAGAGAGUGGGCUGUGAUGUGGAGCUGCAGGUUGGAGGAACAUCAUUCCAUGUCCACAGAGUGCUCCUGGCUGCCAGUAGUGACUACUUCAGGGGAAUGUUCACCAGCGGGAUGAGGGAAUCACAUCAGCCCUGUGUAGCCCUUCCCUUCCUGGAGGCAUCUGAGCUUGAGGCUCUGAUUGGCUGUUCCUAUAGCGGGUCCCUCUCCCUCAGCUGGGGGUGUGUCUUUGAGAUCACCUGCACCGCCCUGCAGCUCCAGUUCCAGCCCACCCUCUUGCUAUGCCUUGAUUUCCUGGAACGGGAAAUGGAUGCCCACUCAUGUCUGGAUGUGGCCUCCUUUGCCCUGGCUUAUGAGAUGCCGGGACUCCUCGAGGAGGCCGAGGACUUUGUUCUGAGGAACUUCCAAGAAGUGUCUACCAGCCUGAAAUUCCUGGACCUUCCGGCUGAUAAACUGCUGGAUUUUCUCCACUCUGACGGCCUCUGUGCGCCCUCAGAGCUGGCCGUGUUCAGGGCUGUGGUGGUCUGGGUAGAGGCCAACCCGGCAGAGAGGCUAGCCCAGGCCCAGGAGCUGAUGACAGGAGUCCGCUUCCAGCUCAUGACCUUUAAGGAGUUCAGAGAGGUCAGGGCAAUCAACCUGCGCAUGGAAUGCAGCAGCGACACAGAGGUGGAUCUGUACGGCUCAGCCCUCAAAGAGUUUGGCUUCAGUCUUCCCGAGACCCUGGACCAGUGCCGGAUCCGACGGCCCAAAGACGCCCUGGUUCUGGUCGGAGGCGACCAGCUGGAUCCUGACUUGGGUAAACGGCUUCCCAGCAGGCAGCUGUGGUUCGCUAACUCCCUCCGCACCGGAACAGGCCUGGUGAAGGCCAUGGACUGGAGGAUUCUGGGAGAGAUACCAGAGAAGCCCAGGUUUAGACACGGGGUGGGGGUGAUGGAGGGGCAGCUGUACGUGAUCGGAGGGUGUGAGUUCUACACAAAGACUGAUACGCUGAAAUCAGUGUACAGGUAUGACCCCAUGCAGGACAGCUGGCAGAGGUUGGCUGACAUGCAGGAGUACAGGAGUAACUUCUCGGUGGUGGUGUGGGGUGAUCGUCUCUACGCCAUCGGAGGAGACAUGGACAUGAAUACCAACCUGGACAGUGUGGAGGACUACAGCCCCGUAUCUGACACCUGGAGCUUUGCCAAGCCUCUGGACCAGGCCCUGAGUUGCCACGCUGCCACAUUGUUGGAUGGAGAAAUCUUCAUCUCAGGGGGGUUCGACUGCAGGUACCAGUGUCUGACAUCCAUGUUCCUGUACCACCCUGAGAGAGGAACUACCUACCUGGCAGAGAUGAGCCAGGAUCGGGCCCAGCACUGUAUGGAGGUCCUGCAUCAUGGUGGUGGUGGUCUCUGCGUGGUUGGAGGGGUGUGUAACCUACGUACGUUCUACACCGACCAGCUGGCCUGUGAGGUCUACGACCCUGUUAGUGACUCCAGGAGCACCCUCACGCCCCUGACCAUCCCCCAUGUUGGAGCAGCCUCUGUGGUUCUGGAGGGGAAGAUCUAUGUGCUGGGAGGAUACUGCCAAGAGGACUACAGGGAGACCAGACUGGUUCACCGAUAUGAACCCAUUACCCAACGUUGGGAGAAUAUAGGCAAGAUGCCCGGACCUAACACUGACAUAAGAGCCUGUUUGCUCCACCUGCCCAAACACUUGAGACAAUGAGAGAGGGAACUUUCGAGGGUGAUAAAGUUCCACAUUACAUUGAAGUUGUUUUUUAUGAACUGAAAAACACUUAGAAAGAGGCAGGACUACUUUAAUGCUCCACCUGCUUGCCCACUAGAGAAAAUAAAACAAUGAGAGAGGGAGGGUCACAUGGUGAGAAAGAGGGCUGGGGUUGCCAUAUAUAAAAUAAAAAAAAUCUGACUAAAACACAGAGAAAGAGCUAUGCUGGCAUUUGUGAAAAAAAAACAUAUUGUCUGCCAGAAAUCAUAGCCUAAUUCUUUAUGUCAUUGAUAUAUUGUUUUCAUUGAACAACAGCCAAUUCCAUUCGUAUUUGGAAUAACCCUACCUUACCUCGGGUGUUUAAUGACAGCACCUUAAAGUCCUGGUUCCAAAGUGCCAUCAUGCAUUUUUAACAUUCUAUGAUGGAUAUCUACUGUCAUUCAGUCAAUUACAAGAAAUAUUUGGAUUCAAAAAUGUUCAUACCUGCUCCUACAACCUAAGACAUAAAUUACUGCCAUUUAAGAUCAUUCAUAGGACGUUUUACACUCCUGCCAUAACACAUACAGUAUAAUACACCCAGAAAUGUCACAUCUCUGUUGGAGAUGCACAGAAGAAUACUAUUACAUAUGCUGUGGUCCUGUGACAAACUGACACCAUUUUGGGGUCAUGUACUGUAUGUCCUAUUUCCUUGUCACUGGGAAUGUUUUUCCCUCCAUCUCCACGGUUCUGUCUGUUGGGAUAUGUCAAUAGUUGGGAUUCAUCUCAGAGAAAGCUUUGUUGUCAAGGUCUGCAUAGCCAUCAAUUGAAAAGCCUCAUAUUCACCAUUAAUAGCAAACUGGAGGACUGAACUAUCUAGCUACAUACUGUACCAUUGGAUUUGAUAUAUUAUUCAAUUAAAUUAAAAAAACGAAAGUGUUUGACGAAAUUUGGUAACCAUAUGUUGAUCACUUUGGGGAUGUGUUGGGUAGUGGGCAUUUUGUUUUGCAAAGUGUUGUUUGUCAGGUGCUGUUUUUUUACUGUUUGUAGAAAACAAAAGAAAAAUGAAUGUAUGUGUGUUGACAGUAUUACAUAACUUAUGACCUCCUUACAAAGAGUGUUAUUUGUUUCAUGAAAUGAUAUUCAGUACCAGUCUAAAGUUUGGACACACCUACUUAUUCAAGGGUUUUUCUUUAUUUUUGCUAUUUUCUACAUUGUAGAAUAAUAGUGAAGACAUCAAAACUAUGAAAUAACACAUAUGGAAUCAUAUAGUAACCAAAAAAUGUUAAACAAAUCUUAUAUUUGAGAUUCUUCAAAGUAGCCACCCUUUGUCUUGAUGAUAGCUUUGCACACUCUUGGCAUUCUCUUAACCAGCUUCAUGAGGUAGUCACAUGGAAUGCAUUUCAAUUAACAGGUGUGCCUUGUUAAAGUUAAUUUGUGGAAUUUCUUUCCUUCUUAAUUGUUUGAGCCAAUCGGUUGUGUUGUAUCAAGGUAGGGGUGGUAUACAGAAGACAGCUCUAUUUGGUAAAAGACCAAGUCCAUAUUAUGGCAAGAACAGCUCAAACAAGCAAAGAGAAACGACAGCACAUCAUUACUUUAUGACAUGAAGGUCAGUCAAUGCGGAACAUUUCAAGAACUUUGAAAGUUUCUUCAAGUGCAGUCGCAAAAACCAUCAAGCACAAUGAUAAAACUGGCUCUCAUCAGGACCGCCAAAGGAAAGGAGUUACCUCUGCUGCAAAGGGUACGUUCAUUAGAGUUAAAGUUAACUGCACCUCAGAUUCCAGUAUCUACCUGGGUUCACACUUUUCAGUGUAAAAUUAACACACUGCUUAGUGUAAAGACUUAUUUGCAUAUUUCCCAGUGUGCCUUGCCUUUCGAGUGAAGGACUGUGACUGUAUUUGUUAGUGACACUGGACAUUGUUGUUCCAUUCAUCCAGUUUCAGUCCACAGGAGAGUCCAUUCAUCCAGUUUCUUCACCAAGAGAUCCUAAGCGAAUAUGUUAUCAUUCAAAUGUAAUUAUUUAACACAACACUAGUGAUGGUAAAAAGGGGGCUUUCUUUAGGUUUCAGGGCUUUCACCAAAUUGUGCUGAAUUCUUUAUUUUUCCUCUACUAUUUUCAGGAAAACCGGUGGAGCGGUAAGUCUUCAGUAGCCUAUAAUCAGUUGGCAUACCAGGUUCCCAUCUUACAUCAUGCUUCCCUUUUUUCUGUCCUAUUUUUCAGAGACGGAAUCCAUGGCAUUAUUUAGGAUGCUUAACACAGAAAUGUAUACUAUACUAAAUAAAACAAAUGAUUUUAACAACAGUGCAGAAAGUGUGGCGUCACAAUACUGUACAUUGGAGAAUUGUCUUUUUAAAGCCACCUCAAACUUGUAUUUUAAACAGAUACAAAAAAUGCUUGCUAUUUCUUCGAAGAGGAUGAGCUGGCCAAUAAGUGGUUUACUUGCAUGAAUAUUUGUUAUGACCGCUAUACACCCUCGUCAUUGUUGUUGGGGUAUGCUGCAAUCAUUCCAACACAGAAAAGCUGCUUUUUAACAUACUCUACUUAAUACAUUUUUGGAACUAAAAUGAUUUCACUCAGAUUAUAAUUAAUAAUAGAUCAUAUUUCAUAUAAAUCUAUAAACAAUGGACAGUUACUUUAAACAUGGAAUCCAUACAGUAGACCUUUUUCACAAUCUAGAUGUAUUUUUUUAUGCACUGUACUACACUUGCUGAAAUAUUUCAGGGAAAUAUUUAUUAAGGGCUAUUUACUCCUUGUUUGGUACAGAUGUGUUUUUUGAGAUAAAACAUUUCCAGCACUGUAUAAGUGACGGUUCGGCAUCAUCAGGGCCUCUUCAUUUGUUAAUAAACAUGUUAUACUUAACAGUUUGCUGAAUGUUCAUCAUUAUUUCCCUUAUAAUGGACUGGUUAAGGUGUUAUUUGAUUCCUACAUUGUAACAUGCAGCAUUUAUAUAGGAACAAAUACAAACUAUUGCAAACUUAUUAUAAAAUGUGUUUUC